AUGAAGUUCGCACUCCUUCUCGCUUUCACCGUGACCGUUGCUGCCUUGCCUCAAGACCAAGUUGUCCCAGCCAAAGUUGCUUGGGGCGAUGAGGCCCCUGAGGACGGUUUCGAAAUCCUCGGGGGCCAGGAAGCCCAAUUCGGCAAGCACCGUUAUGUGGCUGGGCUCAAGGAAUCGUCCGUUAAUAAGACCGAAUGCGGCGGCAGUCUAAUCGCCCCCAAUGUCGUUUUGACAGCGGCGCAUUGUUUGAACAAAGGUCGAAAAUUUGUGGUCGUGGGCACGCACUAUUUAACCGGUUUUGCCGACGGAGAACUGGCCAAUGUCACCCAGGAAAUCAAACACCCCAAUGGCAGCGACGUGGGCAUCGUAAUCUUGGACCGCAACAUCACGAGCAUCCAACCUGUGCCGGUGUCGUUUGAAUUCGUUCCGGCGGACGUGCUCACUUGGGUACGCGGCUGGGGGUACGUCAAGAAUGGUGGCCCCCAAUCGCCAGUGCUCAAGGAGGUCAGCGUCACGACAUGGAACAACUCCAGGGCCACGGCUGUAUUGGUCGAUAAAUUCCCCGACAACAAGUUGGGUGCUGGAGGGGUGGAAGGAGAAGACGCGUGUAAUUUCGACUCGGGGGGACCGUUGACCAUCGAAGAAAACGGUACCGUGCGCUUGGUCGGUGUGGUCAGCGGGGGCCUUGGCUGUGGUGAGCUCGGUAUCCCAGGUAUAUAUGAACGCGCUAGCGCUGCUCGUGUCUUCAUUGAACCGUACUUGCCGAAGUAA